AUGAUUUCUUCAACAAGCACAAGAGACAACAACAAUAAAAGAAAAAAUGAUAAUGAUAUUAAAAAUACAAAAAAAACCAAGAAAGACAUAUAUAAUAUUACAAAAGAUUUUGAUAUAUUUGACGAAUUUUCUACCUUUAAGAGUGCUCUUUUGGUAGACUUGCAUAAAACUGAAAGGACUCCUUUUGGCAAACCAACAUCCAUUAUUGAAAUUGUGACUAAUAAUAAUUUUGGAUACCUUUCAGACAGACAAGCGUCUGUAGAAGCUAUAUUAAAUACACCAAGCUAUUCAUUACAAUCAUUUUUAUCUGUCAAUGAAGGCGAAAGAAUUUCUAUGUUGAAAGCAACUAUUAAUAGUUUAUCAGCUCACGUCUGGCAUUCAAUCAAUAGUUUGAUAAAGAACUCAAUUUCUCAAGAAGUUGCUCGGAGAUGUCAGCUCAGAUUCCUUGUUUCCAUGGUGCAAUCUUACAGAACAUUGGAAUUACUUUGUGCAUUAAAACCUCGUAAGCAAGGUCAAACCAUUAAAUCCCAAGUUACAAAAAAAAUUUUAAAGAGGAGUAAUGGACGAUUAAAUGAAAAGGAUUUAACAUUAAAUUUACAAUGA